AGAGUCUCUUUACUGCUCAAGCCACAAGACUUUUGCUGAAGCAUGCUAAAGCUGGAAUCCCUUCAUCCGGUCGCUCGGAAACUUUUGGAGGGUGAGACGUGCACCUUGUCCAAGACAGUGCCACGACUUAUCCGUGGAGCACGGCCAAGCACGGAGACAACAAGGAUCCCUAAAGAAGUUUGCCUUUUCCGAACAGCUUUGAUUUUUGAUGCUCCAGUCACGAUCACAAGCAUUGCCCUAUGGGGCUCUGUGAUGGAGCUCAGAACAACCACACUGGUGCUAGAACUGAAGGGCUGCACUGCAGCUGUCCAGUUUGCUCUAGACUUGUCUGGACCACAAAGUAAUUAUGUUCGUUUCUUGAGUCCAAUUGGACUGAGAAGCAACGAGGAGUUCGAGCUUUUCUUAUGUGAUGAUCGGCUUCGCACAGAUGCAAGCGCUAAGCUUGAUCUCGCGCGGUUGGAAAUCAUUCAUUUUCGUGCAACGGAUUCAGAGACUCGGGACAUUGGAAGCGAUCCAUUGGAUCCAAUGUCCGCCUGUGACCUCAUUGAAUUUGAGUUUGAAAGUGACUCUCAAAGCAUACAAGCCAACAAGUUUGUGCUUGCUGCUCACAGUACAGUCUUUAAGCGGCAGUUCUUUGGAAAAUGUGUAGAAGCAAUGACUGGCAGGGUCACCGUGACCGACUUCUCCUCUGUGAGCUUCAGACUGUUCCUCUCAAUGCUUGUGGACAGCCGUGUUGCCUACACCAUACUGCAUGCUCCAGCAGGGGCAAGUAUGGUUGAAGUUUGGGCUAUCGCUGAUAAGUAUUGUGCGAAGGAUGUGCAGAGCAUUGCCGAGGCUGCAUUGCUUCAAUCUGUCACUCCCGAGAAUGUCCUGGAGAUACUGCAAGCCUGUCGUAGGUAUCGAAGUGCUGAGAGCCUUGGACUAUCUUGGACCAAAUGAUCCAACUAGCUUAGGCGCCGAGUUCGCACAACCUCAAACACACUCACUGAGCUUUGGUUGUAUACCAGUCAAUACUCUACAAUACU